UCCAUGGAAUCCAUGAACAUGUCAUAUAUGGACCCCAAAACAGUGACACUGAUUGGCAUCCCUGGACUGAAGCAUGUGCAGUUUUGGAUUGGGUUUUCCUUCUUUGCUGUGUGCCUAGUGGCUCUUUUGGGAAACAUCAUUUUACUGAUCAUUAUCCCUACAGAACACAGUCUGCACCAGCCCAUGUACAUCUUCUUGGCAGUGUUGGCAGCCACUGAUAUAGGACUCUGUGUAGCCAUUGCUCCAAAAAUGUUGGCUAUCUUCUGGUUUGGCUUUUAUUCCAUGGCGUUUGAUGCUUGUUUAGCGCAGCUGUUCUUCAUCCAUGCCUUGCAGGGCAUGGAAUCUGGAAUCCUGUUGGCAAUGGCCUUUGACCGCUAUAUUGCCAUAUGUGAUCCUUUGAGGUACACAUCCACCCUUACACCUUUCAUUCUGGUUAGUAUGGUGCUGGUUGUGGCAAUCCGAGCAACAGUGCUCGUUGGCAUUUUACCCAUUUUAAUCAAAAGAUUGCACUUUUUCCAUUCCAUUGUAAUUUCCCACUCUUACUGUGAGCACAUGGCUGUGGUCAAGCUGGCUGCAGAAGACACCCGUGUCAAUAAAACAUGUGGUCUUUUCGUAGGUUUCACAAUUCUAGGAUUUGACAUGAUUUUCAUCCUCAUUUCCUAUAUCCUUAUUUUCCAGGCUGUUUUUCGUCUACACCAAAAGGAGGCACGGCUUAAAGCGUUCAACACAUGCACAGCUCACAUUUUUGUUUUCCUCGAGUUUUAUAUUCUUGCCUUUUUCUCCUUCUUCAGCCAUCGUUUUGGACAUGUUGUGCCCUCUACCCACAUUCUUCUGUCUACCAUCUACCUCCUUGUGCCCCCUGCACUCAACCCUAUUGUCUAUGGUGUGAAAAAUAAGGUAAUUCGCAAGCGUAUGGCACGGCUAUUCUUCCUGAAUCACUGA